UGUUAAGAAGGUGGUGGUGACGUGUUCCUGAUGAAAGACUGACAUUUUAGGAACAUGGCUGGCGUUGGUUUAAAUUUCAAUGUUCAAUCAUUUAAAUCAUUUUCAACCUAAAAAACUUCAUCCUGGUAUAAGUAUCAGGCCCCUUGCCCAAAGACAGACAGUUCCUGAAAUGCUGAAGGCUACUGUUUAUGGGAGAUAACAAGCCACAUGUUUUCAGUACUAAACAGGUUUGUUUGACUCAUCUGUACCGGAUGUGCUUGAUCACAUGUGGGCAGGUGGUUCACAGGCAGGAAACACAUCAAGAUAUAUGCCUGUCUCUGAUUGGAUGUAGGCUGGAGGUACGUCUGGAUGAAUGUUAUGGAAAAUGCAAUGAAUUAUGGGUUUUUCUUCUUAUGCUCUUGCCUUACUUGAUUCUGGGCCAUUAUUUCCCAGGAACAUGAGUAUGUACCGGACCAGAGCCCAUCCACCUGGCUACUAUUUAAUUAAAGCUUGCUUCAAAUUUCGCUUUAAACCAUGGUAGUGGUUUUAUUCUCGAAUAGUGGGAUUCAUGGCUGAAGAGGAGGCUGAGUGGUUAGGAGCACUUGCUGCCCUUGAGAGGACCAAGUUUGGUUCUCAGCACCCACAGUGGACAGCUCACAACUGCUUCUAGUUAGCUAGAGGACCUGGUGCCCUCUUCUGGCUCCACAGGCACUUCAUUCAGGUGCACAUACCAGUGGUUCUCAACUUAGGGGUCCAAGUUCCCUUGGGAAUAAGAUAACAUCAGAUAUUCUGCAUAUCAGAUAUUACAUUACGAUUUAUAACAGUAACAAACUUACAGUUGUGAAUUGACAAUCAUAAUUUUAUGGUUGGGGAUUACUACAUGAGGAACUGUAUAAAAGGACUGAAGCUUUAGAAAGGUUGAGAACCACUGGUAUACAUAUGUACACAUUUUAGAAACCAAGUUUCCAGUGUUACACAGAGAAACUCUCUCUUGAAAAACCUAUAUAAAUAAUCGUAAAACAGAAGCAGCAGCCACAGUGGCUGAAUGCUAAAGGUCAAGGAUAGUAGUUUAACCUGCUUGAUGCCAGAGUACAGUCCUUCGCAACAGGGUAGGAGGUUAGCCCUGGGUUCUCAGAGGAAGAGGUCUCUACUAGUCCUGAGCUCCCUUGGCUUCCUUUCUGCCACACAAAGGGAUCCAGCUCGUUUUACAAUUUGCUUCCUAAUGUGUCUGAGCCUCUGGGAUUGACUGCACACCACCUCUUUCUACUCUUCCAGCCCUCACUCACAUUGCUUCCAGUGGUGCAUGAGAUAACUGAAACCACAGCAUGCCUCUCAGUACCUGAUGCAGUUUAUCCCAACACUACAGAAUCCUAUCCCAUUCUCACAUAAGCCCUUCAGAGCACACUGAUUUGUUUUUGAGUGAACACUUUAUUAUCAGGCAGGAAACAAAGAUCAAAUGUUGGGACUGGGGAGAUAGCUCAGCUGUUAAGAGCAUUUGCUUCCAAGCACUCAAGUAUCAGUUGAGAACCAUCUAUAAUUAUAAUUCCAGGCGAUCUGAUGCCCUCUCUCCUCUACCAGCACCAGGUAUGUAUGGGCAGGAAAAACACCCAUGUAAAUUUUUUUAAAGUUGUUUUAGUUUUAAGGGAGUGAUGAAAGAUUUGUUAACAAAGGUUGGAACAAAGCAAACAUUGGCUAAUGACUAGUGGACAGACAAUAGUCAAGUAGGUGUACAGAGAGCAACUAUUAUUUGUAGACAGUGGGGAGAGAAGGAAAAAUAGAGCAACAUACUUGCAGCCACAGCUGAGGUUCUGACCCGUUCAAGGAACCCAUUUACCACAGGAACAGGAAUAUGCAGGCCUAACGGAAGUGGAGAAACAUUCCACCAAUAGGGAGACAGUUGGGGUUGCCAGAUACCACAGGGGACAUGCAAUGCAGUGAAUGGCUUAACUAAAUGUCCUGUAGUUUAGGGCAAUUGGAAAGAGUUGCAGGCUAGCACAGCCGUGGGUUCCAAGAAAUCUUUAUAAGGGAGAGCAUAAUGUGAGGGUCCAACUGGUUGGCUUUAAGGACAGAGAGGUGAGCAUCAAGGGGUUUUUCAUGAACCACAGUACAAUGAAUGAGAAAGAAACAGCACACAGAAAGUGCUUGCAAUGUUUCUACUUGACAGUCUGACAUUGAACCCUUGGGCAAAGGAGAAAGGCAGGUUUGGGAGCUGGAGAGAUGGCUCAGUGGCUAAAAGCACUGCCCGAUCUAUCAGAGGUCCUGGGUUCAAUUCUCAGCAACCAGACAGUGGCUCACAACCAUCUCUUACAGAAACUGAGCUAUUGAAGAGCCAUGUUUUUGUUUAAAAAAAAAAAAAAUCAUCCGGAUGAUUCGAGAACGAGUAUGAAUUUUUUUAAGCCAACUGUGGAGAGGGGAAAGAGCUCUUCUUUAACUUCUUCCUUCAGUUUCUGAAACAAUAUUAGGAAAUUUGAUCCCAGGAAAGACCACUUCUACGACUGAGAAGAGCAAAAUUUGGUGAGAGUAAAGCAGUUUUCCUACAGCUCCACCCCAGUAAGUAGUCAGGGUAGAGAAUUGUCCUACAGGCAAGCCUCACGUAAACGGCAUUGCUAUUUGGAGUAACUGAAAAAUUUCUGAAGAAUUUAGAUUUAUUCUAUAUGAUUCUGAAAAGCGAAUGUACAUAAAGCCUGUUUCGGCUCAUUCCAAGAGAGAAGCGUUCAAGCUAAUGGGCAAGUUUUACGGGAGGAAAAGAACAUACAAAUGAAACAGCGCGACGCAAACUCGAAAUUGCAGCUGGUUCUGCUAAUAAGAUAGAGCGUCAAUAACACUGUUUUCAGUACAGAGUUGUUUCGGCUCAAAGUAGUCGGGGCCAUAGGGGUGUUUUCUGUACCUCUAGGUCAAGCUAAGAAGCCCACGAACGUGUGACAGCCAGAGUCUUCUCUGCUGUUUCUGUCACUAGAUCAUAUCCGAAAAGCAGCGCUCUCAGCUGAACACUACAAAUCCCAUCCUGCCUCUCCAGCUGGGGUGGGCGGGUCCUUGAGGCACGUGGGUGACUCUGACCAAUAACGACUCUCGUUACAGCGAACAGUUUGACCGCGUUUGUAAAAGGCCGCAACAGGCAAAGAGAGAGGCGGCGAGGGCGGUCGCCAUCGAGAGGUCCCUAGAGGUGCGAGACAGGCUGCCAAGAUCUCUAUCUAGAGGAGCUGGAAUCUGACUGGAACCCUGAGCAAGAGCUUUGCCAGGGGAAAACAGAAUGUCUGCAUUGUUACAGCAAACAAUGAUCAGCCUUCAGAAGACUUAGGCCAGGGCACAUCUCAGUGCACGUGAGCAUGCCUGUCUGUGCCGUCUGAUCAUCACAGACUAAUGGGACACACUUGAGGUCUCAUGGACACAGGUGCCACUGUUCUCCGGGUGCCCUGGCAGUGGGUACAGGGGCUGUGAACAAUGGAACCAAACUCUCAGAGGACUAAAGUCCCAGCUUUCUUGUCUGACUUGGGGAAGGCCACACUGAGGGGAAUCAGGAAGUGUCCCCGUUGUGGUACGUACAAUGGAACCCGUGGACUGAGCUGUAAGAACAAGACAUGUGGAGCCGUAUUUCGCUAUGGUGCCCGGAAGCAGCCUAGUAUUGAAGCUGUCAAAAUCAUCACAGGCACUGAUGUACAGGUGUACUCUGUGCGGCAAAGAGACCGGGGCCCUGACUACCGAUGCUUUGUGGAGCUUGGUGUUUCAGAGACGACAAUCCAGACAGUGGAUGGGACAAUCAUCACUCAGCUGAGCUCUGGCCGCUGUUAUGUCCCCUCAUGUUUGAAAGCUGCCACUCAAGGCAUCGUGGAAAACCAGUGUCAGCACAUCAAGCUAGCAGUAAACUGCCAGGCAGAGGCCACCCCUCUGACGCUGAAGAGUUCAGUCCUGAAUGCUAUACAGGCCUCCCCAGAAACCAAACAGACCAUCUGGCAGUUGGCCACAGAACCUACGGGUCCCCUGGUUCAGAGAGUCACUAAAAACAUCAUGGUAGUGAAAUGCAAGGCGAGCCAAAAGCACAGCUUGGGCUAUUUGCACACGUCCUUCAUGCAGAAAAUCAGCUCCAGAAGCUUGUCAGAGCGACGCUUCUUCUGCUCCUGCCAGACUCUGAAGUCACACAAGGCCAACGUCCCCAAGGCUGAGGCAGCCCCGAGGUGCAUCCACUUCUUUGCUUGCCUCUGUGCCUUCGCCAGUGAUGAAACAUUGGCUCAGGAAUUCUCGGACUUCCUAAAUUUUGAUGCCAGCGGUCUUAAAGACAUAAUUGUGCCCCAGUUAGGCUGCCACUCAGAAUCGUCUGUCUCAGUUUGUGAAUCUGCUGCCUCUAAGCCACGGAAGAGGAAGAAGGAUGAAGUAUCUGGUGCACAGUUGAACAGCUCACUGAUGCCACAAGACACAGUAACCAGGCAAUGCAGGAAGAGUGCCAUUAGAAAGCCUGUGGUUGCUUCUUCACUGAAAAGGCAGGUAUGUGGUCAGCUAUUAGAUGAGGCACAAGUGACUUUGUCCUUCCAAGACUGGCUGGCCAGUGUCACAGAGCGUAUCCAUCAAACCAUGCACUAUCAGUUUGAUGGUAAACCAGAACCCCUGGUGUUCCACAUUCCUCAGUCCUUUUUUGAUGCCUUGCAACAGAGAAUAUCCAUAGGAAGUGCAAAAAAGCGGCUCCCCAACUCCACCACAGCUUUCGUUCGAAAAGAUGCCUUGCCACUGGGGACCUUUUCCAAGUACACCUGGCAUAUCACUAAUAUUCUGCAAGUUAAACAAAUUUUAGACACCCCAGAGAUGCCCCUGGAAAUCACUCGGAGCUUUAUCCAGAACCGGGAUGGUACUUACGAGCUGUUUAAAUGCCCUAAAGUGGAAGUGGAGAGCAUCGCAGAAACCUAUGGUCGGAUAGAGAAGCAACCAGUGCUGAGACCUUUGGAGCUGAAAACCUUCCUCAAAGUUGGGAACACUUCCCCCGAUCAAAAGGAGCCAACACCCUUUAUCAUUGAGUGGAUCCCAGACAUUCUCCCGCAAUCCAAGAUUGGUGAGCUUCGAAUCAAGUUUGAGUAUGGUCACCACCGGAAUGGACAUGUGGCUGACUACCAAGAUCCAAGGCCACCCCUGGACCAGCCUUUGGAGCUGGCCCCUCUGACCACUAUCACUUUCCCUUAAGGCAAAUCAAGAGUUAAUUUUGCGGAGUUUGCACAUCCCCACCCCUGACCACUGUAAAUCCUGGUAGCACUUAAUACGGUCCUGCUAAUGAACUGCUCUUAGCUAAGGUGCAGUUGCUCAGAACAUCUAUGUGGGUUGGCACUGCUGUGUACAGUCUUCAUGAUAAACUGAGCACUUAUUUCUGACCAGAGUUUUAAAAGCAGUGAAGUCCGGGUCAUUGGCCUUCUCAUGGAUUCACCUGCAGCUUAUUUUUCGUUAAUUCUCUAAAAAGUCAGCGGCACUGGACCUUAGCCAACAGUGUGGAAAAGUAAGGAUGCUCUGGGCAGAGAGAGUGCAGAGGAUCCGCCUGAGCGCUCUAGUGCUCUAUCCUGAUGGCAAAUAAAGUACAGUGUCACUACUUUUUCUAAA